UCAACCCUGACUUUGCGCAGUCCACGAAAUCUCAGUAAUUAUCACCUAUUUAGACUCCCAUUUCUUUCUCAUACAUCCCUUUUAUUUUCCUCCAAUCCAUUUUGCUGUAGUAUAGAAUAUUUCGGUGGACCUUUUAUGCCCCAAUAUAUACAGUAGGGAUAUUAAAAUUGAUCCAUAUGAAGCACUUCAUUUUAUCUGUGUGUACUUGAUUGAAAGUUAAGUUUAGGGGUUCGUAGUUUUCGAAUGGAUGGCUCAACGUUAAGAAUGGGCAAAAGGAGAGAUGGACUUCGUUUGAAUGCUGCUUUUAUUUCUCCACGUCUGCAAUCACACUGACAGACAUUUUAAACUAAGAGUGACUGUUAAAGCAUACGCAUGUAUAAAAAGAAAAUUCACACAUAUCCAGUACCAACAAACAACACACCCACAACACAAGCGGGACCAAGUCCAAGGAAAAUGCCCUUUUAUUUCUGAGCUAAGUUUAAUCAAUAAUGCCUUUUUCCUUUCCAUUGCUUAGCUUGUAUCUCAUGCGCUGCUUUGCAUUUGCUAGCUAACAGCCAAUCAGUGAUUGUCACUGACACACUCUGCAUACUUGUCGGAUCAUAUCUAAAAAGCACAAUGACACAAAUAUAUCUUGAUUCUUCAGAAUUUUAAGUUCUCCUUUUUACUUUAGGCUUGUUCCCACCGUUCUGGAAAUGAUUUAUAUUUGCUCUUGAAACUGAUUAACUGCUCGGACGGUUGCUCAUUACGUGACUUUAUCUGAAAAUUUGGUCUACAAAUUCAACUGGACGGCUUGUGUUGCAUAUGUGUGUGGCUGAAAGGAAGGUCGGAUUGAUUUUGAGCUUUUAAGGAAUGUGGAGCAAAUAUUGUGGUGGAAAACCGGACCAAGAUGCACUUGAGGAGAGAGGACAUUGGGGCAACAAAGUGGAAUUUCUUCUGGCUGUUGCUGGAAACAUUGUGGGCCUGGGCAAUGUGUGGAGGUUUCCGUACUUGUGCUACAAAAACGGCGGCGGUGCAUUCCUGGUGCCAUACCUGGUGUUUGCGGUGACGUGCGGUGUACCGCUCUUCCUUUUGGAGACCGUCAUGGGCCAGCAUACCCAAGAGGGCGCCAUCACCUGCUGGAGGAAGCUGUGCCCCCUGGCUGAAGGUAUCGGCUAUGGGGGGCAACUGGCCCAGUUCUACAGCUGCAUGACCUACACGAUUAUUACGGCAUCGACUCUUUUCUACCUGGCGUUCUCCUUCAUCUCUCCACUGCCCUGGAGCACCUGCGACAACUACUGGAACACGGAUGCUUGUGUUGACAUUACAACACGCAAUCUCACCAACCACACCAACGGUAGCUCAGCAGCAACGGAGUUCUGGGAGCGUCGACUGUGGAAUAUUUCAUCGGGCAUUGAGGAGAUUGGCAGUAUCAGGUGGGAGAUGCUUUUGUGCUUCCUGGCUGCCUGGGUCGUUUCUUACUUCUGCAUCUGGAAAGGCAUCAAAUCAACUGGAAAGGUGGUGUACUUCACUGCCACAUUCCCUUAUGUGAUGCUCCUCAUCCUUUUGAUCCGUGGACUCACUCUUCCGGGAGCCAGACAAGGAGUGGAGUUCUACCUUCUGCCAGAUCCGUCGCGACUCGCAGACCCUCAAGUGUGGCUUGAUGCCGGCUCCCAGAUCUUCUUCUCGUACAGCCUUGGUGUGGGCACCCUGACUGUACUGGGCAGCUACAACACCAGGAGAAACAAUUGCUACAAGGACUGCUUGUGGCUGUGUUUGCUGAACAGUUUGACCAGUGUAGUAGCCGGCUUUGCUGUCUUCUCAGUCCUGGGAUUCAUGGCUCACAAGCUAGGUGUUCCUAUCUCAGAGGUGGCUGAGUCAGGUCCGGGCUUGGUAUUCGUUGCGUACCCACAGGCGGUGGCCAUGAUGCCGUUGCCUAACCUGUGGUCUAUCUGCUUCUUCGUCAUGCUCCUCCUCCUGGUCCUGGACACAGAGUUUGUCGGCAUUGAGGUGGUGAUGACGUCCUUUACAGAUGUAUUUCCCACAGUGAUGCGUCGGGCAGGCAGGCAUGAACGUUUCGUCCUGCUCUUCUGCCUCAUAUGUUUCCUCUUGCAGCUCGACAUGACCACCAUGGGAGGGAUGUACAUCUUCCAGAUUCUCGACUACUAUGCUUGCAAUGGAGCCUGCCUUCUCCUUCUUUGUGUGUUUAAAAGCUUGGCAAUGGGCUGGAUAUUUGGCGCAGAACGGCUGUGCGGCAUCAUAGAGGAGAUGACGGGCGAUCGUCCCAAUCCGUUCUUCAAAAUCUGCUGGCGCUACAUUAGCCCCUUGGUUUCAGUGGGCACUUUUAUAUAUUAUUUAAUUGGGUACGAGCCUCUAACAUUCAAUCGCUCGUACAUAUACCCUACCUGGGCCUAUGUGUUGGGCUGGACAAUGGCUCUGUCCUCCAUCCUGCUGGUGCCGAUCUGGGCGUUGUACAAGCUGUGUACUGCCAAGGGAACCCUCAGUCAGCGUCUCCAUGGCCUGUGCUGGCCCAAGCCACCUGAGGGCUCGCCGGCCCGAAACAGAGAGUCCAUGCUGCAACACACUACUGAGGAGGAUAAAGAUUAAGAUUAAGAUUAAGAUAUCCUUUAUUUGUCCCGCAAUGGGGAAAUUUACAGUUAGAGUUCAGAAAGGAAAACACUGGGUAGGGAGAGGGGAUAAUUUAUCAACAAAAACAAAACAGCACAGAUGAACUGAUCCCAAACUGCCCAACAGAAAUAAUGUACAUCAUUCGAAAACCACAAAAUCUCAUGCCAUUGUUUAUAAUAAUGGUUUGCUAAUCUUGUCAGAUCAUUUUUUAUCUGACCACUGGGCUAUAAUGAUGUAUUGUUCAUCAAGCAAGGUCCCAUUGUCCUAGCAAUGGGUGUGUUUUCUCUGAGCAAAUACAUCGUGUGAGUGCUUUACGUUUUAUUUAAUGUAAAAUUCACAGCUCUGGGAAAAACAAAGUAAUAAACCUUGUAUGUUUUUGUGGGACCAUUUUUCAUUCUCUGCAAGUGUCUUUUUGUUAAUACAUUUAGUUCAUGAUAUAUCCUGCUUCUCCUGCCUCUCUACUUAUUUUUGGGUCCACUAC